UCUUCUUCUCCAGCCCCCAUCCCAACUUGAUGUACCACUCACAUGCAUAUCAUUAAUAUUUUAAUGCUGGUUGCCGGCCCUCAUUGGCCAGACUGCAGUGCAGCAAUUUGAUAAGAAGCUGGCUGAGAGUCUGAUCUAGCCACCACCCAGCAGAAGACCUACGACGCAGCAGACCCUCCAAGCUCUGAGCCCAUACAGCAAGCAAGCAAGCAAGCAUGGACGUCUUUAAGAAAGGUUUCUCCAUUGCUAAGGAAGGCGUGGUGGCUGCGGCAGAGAAGACCAAGCAAGGUGUGACCGAAGCUGCAGGAAAAACCAAGGAGGGGGUCAUGUAUGUAGGUGCCAAAACUAAAGAGGGAGUGGUACAGAGUGUCAACACAGUCGCUGAGAAGACAAAAGAACAGGCGAGUGCGGUGGGAGGCGCGGUGGUCACCGGAGUCAACCAAGUAGCUACGAAGACGGUAGAAGGCGCUGAGAACAUUGUCACCACCACCGGCAUCGUAAAGAAGGAUGAACUUGCGCGCCAAGCUGAAGACGUUGCUGCAGAGGAAGAGCCAGCAGUGGAAGCUACAGAGGCAACCGAGCAGGCCGCUGAGGGUGGAAAUGAAUGAAAUCUUUGAAGAACUCGUCUUGCUAAGACCAUGGCUGGGGAAUCAUUAACGCCACACGCUAAUUACGGCUUAAGCCGUCACCGCCUUCCAUUUACCGUUUGUCAUGUAUGUGUAUGUCUGCCAUUCAUGCCCUGACUAUGUAUGUUCAUCUGUGACUAUCACGCAUUAUUCUAUUUAUAUAUAUUUUUUUAUAUAUAUUUUUACUGUCUGUAAUUACGGUUUAUUUAUAUAUUUUUUAUUUUAACUUUUUUCCAUUCGGCUCAAUUCUUUUUAUGUCACAUAGUGUAUUAUCUUUAUUAUUUUUAUUAUUAUUAUUAUUAAUAUUAUUAUUAUUUGUCUAUUUUCAUAUUCAUGUUGGCACUUUAAUUCCCUACUUGGAAAUAAUUUUUUUUUUAAUAACAGAAAUAAAAUUGUGUUUCAGUUUUA